AUGGAGUCGGUUGUCGUUAGAUAUAUGCGACGACGGAGAGAUGCGACAUACCCUAAACGGUACCACGAUGAUAGCCAUGGAGAUUACGCCAUCAUGUAUCAGCAAAUUUUGCAAGAGGCGCAUGAUUUGCACCAACCCGAACCGGUCCAGGUUUUGAGCAGAAGAACCAUUAAUAGAUGUCAUGUGGAUGCAAAUGCCAAGAUGAUGCAGGACUACUUCAACCCCGGUUGCAGAUACAGACCUGAGCGUUUUAAGAGACGUCACGGUUUGCCACGAGAUCUUUUUCUUAAAAUAUUGCCUCAAAUUUGCGCUCGAGAUCCUGAUUUUUUACAGCGAAGAGAUGCAUGUAACAUCCCGGGUCACUCUCCUCAUAUGAAAAUGAUCGCCGUAAUGAAACACCUGGCAAAGGGGGUAGCUGCAGAUAGCUUAGACGAUUACACUCAGAUGGCUGCGGCAACAAUAUACAUAUAUGUUAAGAAGUUUAUGGAUGCACUACUUUGGGAAUUUAACGACCGCUACAUGAGGAAACCAACAACCGAAGAUACUAGGAGGCUAUUGGCUCAUAACGAAGCUCGUGGUUUUCCUGGAAUGCUAGGAAGCCUCGAUUGCACCCAUUGGGAGUGGAGGUUAUGUCCUACAGAAGAAGCCGACCGACACGUGGGACACAUUAAGAAACCAAAUCUUGUUCCACAGGCAGUGGAAUCGUACGAUAGAUGGUUCUGGCACUGUUAUUUUGGCGAGGCCGGGUCUAACAACGACUUGAAUGUGUUGGCGCAGUCGGGAUUAUUUGAUAUAGACAAUGACGCGUUUGCCCCGACUUGCAAUUUUCGCAUCAUGGGUCACAAGUACAAACAUGGAUAA